UUCGGGACGGUGCCACCAGGCGCCUUCCCCGGCCUGAAGGCACUAGUGUCCCUCCACCUGCAGAGCUGCGGCAUCAAGGCGCUGCGCCCUGGGGCGCUGCGGGGGCUGGAGAGCCUGGUCUACCUCUAUCUCUCCGACAACCGCCUCUCCACCCUGGCGGCCACCGCCUUCAAGGGGGCCCCGAGGCUGGCUUACCUCCCCCUGGACCACUUCGCCCACCUGCCCGCACGCUCCUUCCAGCUCCUGCCCGCCCUCAUCUCCCUCCACCUGCAGCACACCAUCGGGGAGCUGGCGGAGGGUGACCUGGCCGGGGCAGGAGGGCUCCGCUGGCUCUACCUCGCCGGGAACACCAUCGGGCGCAUCGCCCCCGGAGUCCUGGCUCCAGCCAAGAUGCUGGAGAAGCUGCACCUGGAGGGAAACCGCCUGGGGGAGGUGCCCACGGCAGCCCUGUGGGGCCUGCCUGCCCUGAGCGAGCUGAAGGUGUCCCGAAAACCCAUCGAGCGUGUGGGGGAUGGUGCCUUCCUGCCGGUGGCCUCCAGCCUGCAGCACCUCUACCUGGACAACACCGGCCUGGAGCAGAUUUCCCCUGGUGCCUUUGCUGGCCUUGGUCCGAAGAUCAGAAGCCUCUACCUGGAGAGCAACAAAAUGAGCAACCUCCCCGACAUGAGCAACUUCACAGGGUUGGAGAUCCUCAACCUGAGGGAGGUGCCUUUCCACUGUGACUGCCAGCUCCUUCCCCUGCACAGGUGGAUCGACAAACUCAAUCUCCGCACAGGGGCCACCUGUGGGUCUCCUGCAGAAGCCCGAGGGCUGAAGGUGAAGCUUUCCACCACUUUCCAAACCUGCCCUGGCUGGGGCCGAGGUGAGGCCAGGGCAGCCAGUCCUGACAAGGCCAAGGCUGCACGCAAGCCCAGCAAGAAAAAGAGAUCAGGAAAAUCACCAGCCAGAGGCUUCAAGAAGAGCAGAGCUUAG